AUGGUGCAGGGCGAGGCUGGGGUCGCCCCCGCGAUGGAGUCGCUGGUGCUGGUGGCGCCCGUCACCGCGCUCGCCUUCGUGGGGGACCUGCUGCUGGCCGCCCGCGCGCCCGCCCGCUGCCUCUGGGUGCGCUAUGGCCACCAGGCGCGCGUGUGGGCCGUGCAGCUGCUGCACGACGGCCUGGUCAGCGCCGGCGAGGACUGCGCCUGCCUGCUGUGGAGCCCCGGCGGCGACGUCAUCCGCAGCUUCCAGGGGCACCGGGGCCGCGGUGUCCGGGCCGUGGCCGUGCACGAGGAGCGGGGCUGGCUGGCCACGGGCGGGAUGGAUGCCGGGACACGGCUCUGGCACCUCCGCGGGGAUGGGCUGCAGCAGCGGGACGUGGUCAUGCCCCCUGGCAGCGGGGCCCCCCGGGCUGUGCAGUUCGUGGAUCCCGACCAGUUGCUGGUGCUGGCGGACGUGGGCACCGUCCACGCCUGCGACGUGGCCUCUGGGCGCUGCAGCGUGGUGCUGGAGGACGGGCGCUUCCGCUCCUAUGGGCUGCUGGAGGUGGCACGGCCACCGGGCCGAGCCGUGCUGGUUGCCAUGGGCAGCCUGGGGGGGCUCGUCCGGGUCUUCCCCUUGGAGCAGGUGGCAGGUGGGGUGGAGCGGCAGCUCUUUGCAGGCAAGGUGCACAGCCUGAGCUGGGCCCUGCGCCCAGGCAGGGACCCUGGCACCUGUGUGCUCUUCGCCUCAGGCCCUGAGGGUGCCUUGCUCUGGCUGGAGGCCUGCUGCGGCCCUGGGGGCCAGGGCUUGGUGCUGAUCCCCCGGGGACGCUACCUGCUGCCACCUUGCAAACACCGCUGGCACACCAGCGCUGCCUUCCUGCCCCAGGGCGGAUUCUGGGUCUGUGGUGACCGCAGGGGCUCCCUGCUGCUGUUCCCCUGCUCCCCGGAUCCUGCUGGAGGGGAGGGAGAGAGCGAGGAGCCCCCGGCUUGCAGAGAUGCCCAUGAGCGUGCUGGCGAGCCCCCCGCGCAGGGUCCCGUCUCCCUCCUUUUCGGGCUGCACGGGAAGGCGGGUGUGACCUCGGUGACCUGCCACGAGGGCCUGGUGUACAGCACGGGCAGGGAUGGCUGCUUCUGGCAGCUGCGGGUGCGAGCCGGGCAGCUGGAGGAGCUGCGGCGCCAGAGGCCUGGCAAGGGGCUGGAGUGGGUGGAGGAGCUGCGCUUCACACCCGACGGCGACCUGCUGGUGCUGGGCUUCCACGCCGAUAGCUUUGUGCUGUGGAGCACCCGUGCCGGCGCCCUGCUGCGCUGCCUGCCCUGCGGCGGGGGCCACCGCUCUUGGAGCUACCACCGCGGCAUGGCCACCGACGCCUUCGCCUGGGUGCAGGCCAGGGCCGUGCACGUCUGCUGCGGCCAGGCAGGCUCCUCCGGGCUGCAGGUGCUGCGUGAGGCCCUGCACGGGCGGCAAGUCACGAGUGUGCGGCAUGUGGGGGCCGUGCUUGGACCAGGCCACCGUCCCAUGCAUGUGCUCGUCACAGGCAGUGAGGACACCACAGCCAUGGUCCUGGCCCUCGACACAGAGAAUGGCAUGGCCACGCCGCUCACCACGCUCAGCAACCACAUCUCUAGCAUCAGGGCCUUGGCCGUGGCUGCCGGGAGCCUGAGCCAGCCUGUGCCUGGGGAGCUGUCGGCCCUGCUGGUGUCGGCGGGGGGCCGGGCGCAGCUGGAGUGCUACCGGCUGCUGCUGAGUGCAGCCCCCACGGCCGCAGCUGGCAUCAACUGCCAGGUGCUGCACGUGGCCUCCCACCGGCUGGACGAGCGCUGGGACCGCAUGAGAAACAGGCACCGUGUCAUCAAGAUGGACCCCGAGACAAGGUACAUGCGCAUUGCGGUCGUGGCUGGCACGGAGCUGCCGCCACCUUGCCUUGUCCUGGCUGCUGCCUGCAGCGAUGGAUCUGUGCGGCUGUUUGUGCUGCAGGAGGCUGCCCGGCGCCUGCAGCUGGUCGCUGAGUCCUUCCACCACCAGCGCUGCGUCCUCCAGGUGGAGGCCUUUGUGCACCGGCCGGCUGGCAGUGCCAGGAAGCACUUCCUGUGCAGUGCCGCCACUGAUGGCAACAUUGCCUUCUGGGAUAUCACUGCCACCGUCGCUCAGGCCCUGGCAGCCCCGGAGCCAACGGAUGAGGAGAGACAGCCCUGGGACCUGGGUGCCCCAGUGCUGACCGUCCUGGCGCACAGCUGCGGCGUGAACAGCCUCCACAUCCUGGAGACACCCAGCAGGUGCUUCCUGGUGGCCAGCGGCAGUGAUGAUGGCUCCAUCCAUGUGUGUGUCGUGGCCGUGGGUGCAGCCACCACUCAACUCCUGCUGCAGGAGCAGCUGCAGCAGCCAAGCGCCCACGCGGCCCCUGUGACGGGGCUGCGGCUGUUGCAGCCUGACCUGCUGGCUUCUGCCUCUGUGGAUCAGCGCCUUGUGCUGUGGCGCCUGGGCAAGGCAGGCCUUGCCUUCCUGGGUGCCAGGUUUUGCCCUGUGGCAGAUGUGGCUGACCUGGACUGCUGGGAAGCCAUGGGGCCAGGGGAGCAGCCAGGCUACUGCUGCACACUGGCUGGGCAGGGCCUGGAGGUCGUAUGGUGCCAAGUCUGAGUGGGUAAUAAAGGGCUGGUGACCUG